AUUACGGUGGGUGCAUGAGCUUGUAUCUGGGGCCCUCUGUUUUGUGCAGAGUGGCCUUUAAUCUGACGCCCGUACAGAAUAGUUCUUGCUGCUGUUGUGUUGAUACCACACCCCAGUAUCUAUUCUGUCUGCUCAAUCGUCGAAAACAGACCCUAAGACGUCACUCUCAGCUUCUUCUUCUCUCUUCCUCAAUUCCAUAAUUCCAUAGCCUCUUCUUCUAUAUGCUGUUGGUUCAAGCUGACUCUUUGAUCCUCACGAGGCUUAUACCAUUUGGCCAUCAUGCCAUGCUGCUGCCAAUGACAAAGCCAUUUCUCAUAACAAUCAGUUCUCUUUCCUUUUUUAAUAAAGUGUUUUACUAAACCCCAAAAACCUGUAUAUGGCUUCCUUAUAAAGCUUUGUCAUUCUCCUUUUUCUUUGGUCUUAUAUCCUUAUCCUUCUUUAUUGUCUGGUGGGAUUCGUUCUCUGUCUUUUUAAGCAUAUUGGUAGAAACGACACUUCUUUCUCUCUGAAGUAACUUCUCUUCACCCUGAAUUCUCCUGGUACAUCAAUCUGGUAUUUCAGUAGAGAAUAGUAAGACUCAUGGCUCAACAGUUUUGUUGUGUGCAGGAAGAAGGGUGGCCACUCGGACUCAGACCACUUAAUGCCAGGCUUGGGUUGAUAAGUACCCUCGAUAUUUCUGGAUCAGCAUCAUUCAACACUUCUCUAACUGCUUCUCCCACCUCCUCCACCAUAUCUUCCUCAGAUCUUGAUACAGAGUCCACUGGAUCUUUCUUCCAUGACAAGAGCAAAACACUGGGGAAUCUAAUUGGCGUCUCUAGUAUUUUUCAACUGUCCCGAAGAUCCACUAGAGGAAGAACACCAGAAAAUUUUAGUGGUGGAAAGAUCCUCAAAUCCAAGCCUUGGCUCUUCUCAUCACUUUGCUCAAAGCUAACCACUGAUGCUGUGACUGACUCCAACAGCACUCCUUCUCUUGGCCACUUUCUAGAGACAGAGAGGACUAGAAGUAGAACUAGUGGUAGUAACAUUCACAAGAGGAGGAGUCAAAGUCCACUCUAUUAUGGACCUAAUGAUUACUCCCCAGUUCCCACUAUUUCGAACGUGAAUUCGCUGUUUGUUGACGGCUUAGUUGCCCCAUGUCCAUCCACUCCUUCUGGCUCUAUCAGUAGAGUUAGACCGCAAACUGAGUUAUUAGAAGGUGGUAAUAAUAAUGGCUUUGGAGUUUCCUUAGUAAUCCCAUGUUUGUGUGGACAAGUCAUAAAUUGAUGAGUUUUCAAAAUAGAACAGCUUUUGAAUGUGGUGUCAGUUAUGUGUUGGAACAUAGUUUAAGGAGGCUGUCUCUCUUAUUUUGACUCUAUGAGUUGGUUUUGAGGCAAAAUGUUUACUGUUAAUAGUCAGUCUUUUGAGGUAUAGCCUAGUAUAUUAUAUUGUACCUGUUCUCUAAUUUAAGGGUGUCUUUCGAAAGAUUCUUUAACACUACUUUCGUGCAUCUUUCUGUACGCUAAUUUUUGUUUUAGGCUCACUUUUUACAAUAAAUAAACUAGCAUAAGGUUUGGGGA